CAACCCCGAGCGUAAAAUAAAGCCUACCCGAGGGAUAUUGCAGUUUGGCGGCUAUCUCAAUUCACGUAAAGAAACCAACUAGCCUAUUGAAAUCUCAGAUAUUAAACGUCCCAUCUCCGCCCCAAGGGCCGGACUAAUUACGUGGAGCUGCUAUAUAUACCGAAGACCCAACUCACCAAAUCAUUCAUUCGAUAAUGGCAGCACCGGACUUUAAUUUCUUGCUGGCGACAGAUUCUUACAAGAUUACACACUACAAACAGUACCCCCACAACAUCAGUAAGGUAUACUCCUACUUUGAAUGCCGCCGCAAGAAUGGAGGCCAGUUUAAUGAAGUUGUAUUUUUUGGACUGCAGUAUCUUCUUAAGAAAUACCUUGUAGGGCCAGUGGUCACCGAGGAGAAGAUCCAGGAGGCUAAAGUGUUCUACCAGAUGCACUUCAGACAGACGGUGUUUGAUGAGGAGGGCUGGAGGAAAGUGCUGGAGAAGCACGAUGGUCGUCUGCCCAUCCGGAUCAAGGCUGUUCCAGAGGGGAGGGUCAUCCCCAGAGGAAACGUCCUCUUCACAGUGGAGAACACAGACCCUGAUUUCUUCUGGCUCACCAACUACAUAGAGACCAUGCUGGUGCAGAUGUGGUAUCCCAUCACAGUGGCAACCAUCUCCAGAGAGUUUAAGAAGAUCCUGGCCAAGCAGCUGAAGGCCACCUCAGGCAGCCUGGAGGGCCUGGACUACAAGCUGCACGACUUCGGCUACAGAGGAGUCUCCUCGCAAGAGUCCGCAGCGCUGGGAGGGGCCGCCCACCUGGUGAACUUCUGCAGCACCGACACAGUGGCAGGCCUGCUGAUGACUCAGCACUACUACCACUGCCCCAUGGCAGGAUUCUCCAUACCUGCAGCGGAGCACAGCACCAUCAUCUCCUGGGGGAGGAACAGAGAGAAGGAGGCCUUUGAGAGGCUGCUGGAUCAGUUCCCCAGCGGCCCAGUGGCUGUGGUCAGCGACAGCUACGACAUCUUCAAGGCCUGUAAGCACAUCUGGGGGGACAAGCUGAAGGAGCGUGUGAUGGAGAGAAGCGAGGACUCCUGCUUGGUCAUCCGUCCAGACUCCGGAGACCCCGCAGAGACCCUCUUGGAGGUGAUAAAGAUCUUGGAGGAGUGCUUCGGUUGCUCUCUGAACUCUGUAGGCUUCAAAGUGCUGCCAUCAUAUCUGCGCAUCAUCCAGGGAGAUGGCAUUGAUCUCAACUCUGUGGAGGAGAUUCUAAAGAAGCUGAGCGACGAGGGCUGGAGUUCUGAGAACGUGUUCUUUGGCUGCGGCAGCGCCCUUCUGCAGAAGGUCAACAGAGACACUCUCAACUGUGCCUUCAAAUGUAGCUAUGUGGAAGUCAGUGGCAAGGGGAUGGAUGUUUACAAGCAGCCAGUGACUGACCCCUCCAAGGGGUCAAAGAGAGGUCGCCUGUCGCUGAGGAGAGGCUCGGACGGCUUGAUAGAAACAGUGGAGAAAGGGGCGGGCAAGCCUGAGGAGGACAUGCUGGUGACGGUGUUUGAGAACGGCACCCUGCUGCAGGAGUACACCCUGGAGGAGAUCCGUAAGAACGCCCGUCUGUGUGAAGUGGACAUCAGCCUGGCCCAGCACAACCAGGACCAGCCCAAGACCCCAGAAGUGCACCAGAAACUCAUCAUGAAUGGCGUUCACUAGUUAGUGAAACACAACACCACCACCACCACCCACACACACGACCACACCCACACAAGACGUCACACACACACGACCACACACGUGCGCGCACUUCCAAAGGAAUGUUGUCACUUGUGACCUUAUAGCACUUCUAAUCUGGGUGCACCACAUGUCAAUACACCACAAGGAGUGCAGUGCAAGGGUAUCACCAGCACAACAAGGCCCAUAAUGACACAGGCACUCAGAUCUGGUUUUGUGAUUCCUUGUCAAUACUGCUGCCCAGAGGACCAAUAACUGAAUCGACUGGAUUCACAGUCUGUCAUGCUACCACUCUUUGUAGGACUUCUUAUAGACUGUGUAUGCAUGAUGGGCUGUGUCCUAUCAUGACACAAGUCUCAACACCAGUGAUGACAUCAUAUCUCUAAAAAACCAAGCGUUGUGGAGGGAGUCAGAGUGUUGUGUAUGCUAUACUGUAGGUGAUGAUGAUUACACACUGAAUGAUUCUAUGCUUUUGAUUUAACAAAUGUAGAGCUCUGACUGAUGGGUUUUAUUUUGGAAAUGUUUUUAGCUUGAGAUCUCUAGAGAGAUCUCUGGUCAGUAUUUACCUGGGGAUAGCUGCACUGUUAUGCACUCUGUCAUUUUAGUAAUAGGAGCGAUACAAGAGUGUUGCCAGGAUAAAUCUGUAUAAGAAAUGUGUCAAAUAUAUUUUUAAAUCAGGUGCCUAUUAAAGUUGCACUAUUUUGUAAAGACAGUUGUUCGUUAAAUUGUAAUUAAAUGAAACCUUCCAUUUUUUCUGCUCUGGUGGACUGUUAUCAGCAAACAGAACCUUAAGACAGUGAUGGACCAGGUGCACCUGAGGUGGAGGAGAGGUUUGGGAUGGAGGUGUGUAGAAUAAUGAAAGCUAUUGUUUGUAACUUGGUUGAAUGGUCUGCACUUUCUGCCUCUUUCCUGUCAAAACCAUUUUAAAUUAAAGAAAAGCCUCCUAUUGUAUUUUGAAAAGUAGAUUGCCUAUAAGAAAGUCUAUGUCAAAGUCUGAAUGAUUCGAUGUAGAAAUCACAAUUUGUUGUUAUUAAUAAUCUAUUUUUCAGGCAUGGGAAAUAGAACACUAGAUUUUGUUCUUUUUUUUUGCAAUGAUUGCACUGCAUUAAGGCAGUGGAAAUCAAUGUUGCUUUUAAUUCAGUU